CAAAUCAUUUCUCAAACAAGAAACUGUCAAAAACUCAAAAACACGUCAACGUUCCAAAAGCAUUUUUUGUUAUUUUAUUUUUAUUUUACAAUACAAUGCUAAGAUACAGAGGAAAAAAGAAAGUUAUUGACAAAGUUAAGGAACUGGAUGCUUUUCCUAAAGUUCCAGAAGAAUAUGUGGAUAGUACGCCGGUCGGCGGUACAUUUUCUAUCAUGACCUUUCUUAUUAUUAUGUGGCUUAUAUACUGUGAAGUAGCGUAUUAUUUAGACAGUAAUUUAGUGUUUAAAUUUAGGCCUGACACGGACAUGGACGAAAAAUUGCGUAUAAACAUUGAUGUGACAGUGGCUAUGCCUUGUUCGAGCAUCGGGGCGGAUAUAUUGGACUCUACAUCUCAGAGCGUGUUCGGUUUCGGUGAAUUACAGGAGGAAGACACGUGGUUUGAACUGACCCAGGAGCAACAGGACGCGUUCGACGCGGUGAAAUACAUAAAUUCGUAUCUAAGAGAAGAAUACCACUCAAUAUGGCAACUGAUGUGGAAAAAAGGUCAUGGGUCCGUCAGAGCGACAAUACCGCCCAGAAAGACGAAACCAAACCGCCGACCAGACGCUUGUAGACUCCACGGCGUGCUCACCUUGAAUAAGGUCGCUGGAAACUUCCACAUCACAGCUGGAAAGAGCUUGCACCUUCCCAGAGGACAUAUCCACCUUAAUAUGCUGUUUGAUGACACACAACAGAACUUCAGCCACCGAAUCCAUAGACUGAGCUUCGGAAGCCCUGCUAAUGGUAUCAUUUACCCAUUGGAAGGCGAUGAGAAAAUCACAAAAGAUGAGAACAUGCUCUACCAAUACUUCAUUGAAGUAGUACCAACUGACGUGGACACAACAUUUGAGUCAAUAAAAACAUUCCAGUAUUCAGUGAAAGAACUUGAGAGGCCUAUCAGUCACUUGAAAGGCUCUCAUGGUGUUCCUGGUAUAUUCUUUAAAUAUGACAUGGCUGCGCUGAAAAUAGAAGUGUUUCAAGAAAAAGAGAGUUUAAUCAAAUUCACAUUAAGACUAUUUGCAAUUAUAGGUGGUAUUUAUGUAAUAGGAGGUUAUAUGAAUUCAAUAGUACUAGCCUUAAGGUUGAGUUUGGUGAAGACAAUAGCACCACAUGUUAUAGAACAGAAGAAGCACAUAGAUGUAAGGCUAGCACAGAAUCCCUUGUUAGUCACGCCAGAUUUAAGUGUUCCAGUAGAUUUAAUAAAACAAUGAUAACUAUUUAGACAAUUUAGAAUGCCCCUAAGCUAAGAUAGUCAACUUCAACUAAGUCUAAUUCUGAUUAAAAUAGUAAUUAAUUGACAAGGUUAAUAUGAAAAAAAUAUCAACAUUUUUAUAUAUUUUUAUUUUCCUAUGAAGAAUAAUGUAAAUUAAUAAUCAUUAUAUGGACUUAGGCUUAAGGUGAAGUGGCUUCCUAGAUAUUCGAUGAACUUACUUAAAUCAUGUUUUUGAAUGCAUAUUUAUCGGAAACUAGCUGCCAUUACAGUUCGAAUUUUGAUUCCAUUCUAGUCUUUUGCAUGGAGGACCUUAACUAUACCUGUUUCAGCAAAUAAAUCUGUUCUCUUUUCUGUUGUUUUAAAAAGCUGCCUAAAGUCCAAUUUUUUAAAAUGAGAAUUACUUAAAUAAUUAUUUUCAUCUUAAUAUUUAGCGCAAUAUAAAUUAUAAUGAAAUUUUAUAACCAUUUAUAAAUGUACACUUUUAUCUAUUAUAUGAGUUCAUCCAGUCUUACAAAGGAAAUAUUGUUUGGUGACUGACAUUCAACCCAGUGAGAUAACAUUGUUUAAACUAUAUUGUCAAUGUAGAUUUGGGCCGUAAUUUUCUAUAAACUGUUGGAAACAAGGUAUAACUAAGAUAUUAAGGCCUUGAAUAAUUCGAUACGCCCACAUAUCUUUGUUCCACAUUAUGUGUACAUUUACUGUAUUUGUUUAUGUACAUAGAUGAAUUCUGAGCUGUAUCUAAUUUGAGAGAUUACUUUUAUUAUAUUGCGAUUAUCCUAUUAUUUUCAAUACACAAAUAUUAUUGAGACUAUAUGUAAUUAUAUUUAGCAUUAUGGUGUAUAUUUUAUUGAAAGAAGUUCUGAUUUAAGGUUCUAAUAUUUAUCACAUAGUAUAAGUAUUGUUUGUAUAAUUAAUAUGUGGCAAUUUGAUGUAUUACAUAUAGAGAUCUGUGACAUGUAAAUACUGGUGCUUUUUUUUAUUAUGUUGCUACAAAGUUAAUAAUAUACCUUGGAGAUAAGUAAAUUCUGUCUUAGUUUACAGUGAAUGUAAAUAGAGGGUAAUGGUUACAUUGCAUUACUAAAUUAAGGCACAUAUUCAUCUAUACUUUAGACUAAAGAUGGAACAUAUUUGACCCAAGGUUCUAAGAUAAUACUUGAAGGUGACUCUUAAUGGAGAAUUAGCUAAACACCAUACACCACUAAGAACCCAUCUAAUUAUGCCUAUGAAAGCUGAUGGUAGAUGAAAUAAAUAGGAAAAUAAAAAAAAUAAAAAAUUGUCUAUACCUCUGGUAACAAACAUUUUUGGCACAACUUGUGCUAAAAACUAUCCAUGAAUAACAAAAAUUUCUGCUAAUAAUCUUAGUUUUAGUUUUCUAAGUUUUUUAAUCACUUUGUAGUGCGAAUAUGGUGUGUUAGAAUUUUCCUGACUGCAAGUAUGAUGUUACGACUCUUGACAAAUUUUCUUCAUAUAGUACCUAAGGCUUAGAGCAUGCAAAAUUUAAAUUAAGUACCAAUGUAUUAAUAAUAUUUCUUUUGUUCACACCUUUAACUUUUGUUUUACAUCUAUGGUUAGAAUAACUAAGUAGUAUUCAAGAAAGCAAAUAUGUGAUUUCGUUUAAUAACGCAAUGUUAACAUUACCCUAUAAGAUAUACCAGUGAAUUUCAACCUUAUUAAGAAAUUUAUAGAAACAAUACUUUCAUUUAGAACUAAUAAGUACUAUCGGUUCUGUAAACAGAUCCUAACCUCUGUUGGUUUACAACUGUUUUCAAUAAGCGAUCCCAAUCUCAAUCUUCGAUCCCAUUGCGAGAAUAAACCAAUUGUAAGAAUGUAAAAAAAACUUUAUUCUGAGUGGUCUAUUUAUUCGAUAGAUUGAAAAAGCGAUUGGGAUCGAUGAUUGGAAAUGGCGGUUAGGAGUGAGUAGUGUUGGUCAGAAUUUCAUAUGUCAUUGAUUAGGGUUGCCACUCAUCCAUAAUUAAAAUAUAAUUAUGGUGAUUUUGUAUACAGCCAUGCGGAUCCAAUGAUUACCAACAAGGAAGUAAUUUUAAUAAUUUCUAAUUUAGUUAACUUUAUUAAACUAAUAAAUGUCUGGAUGCUAAUAUUUCCCCUUUUUUAACUAACUUGUAUUAUGUAGAUAUUCAAAUGUCAGCCUAUACCUAUAUCAGUUUUCCUUGUCUAAUAUUACCAAUUAAUUUUACAUAAUAUUAAUCUUAUAUAUGUGACAAUAUUUUUACGUAAGUACAUAUAAGAAUGAAUAUCUAGAUAUUUACUUAUAGUCAAUAUGUUUAUACCUCUGUUAUUAUCAAUGUUUUGUAAUCAAUUUUAUUUCAAGUAUUAUUUAAUUUGGUUAACUUGACUGAAAACAAUAAGGGCCUUACUUCUAAACGCAGUAUAUAUUUGGCAUAGUUUAGUAUAUAAUGGUUUGGUUUGCUUCUGACGUUUAUUAUCACUCAACAUAGCGAAACAAACCACUGGUCCCCAAAUUACUAUAGAUAUAUAUGCUAUAUAUAUUCAAUUUCUAUUGUCCUAAACGUGACUCAGUGCGUUACGUGCUUGUUACGCACUGUCAAAAUAACGUGUGGCAUAGAGAAUACGGCCCCAGGACCUUCCAUUACAACCUAUAUACCUACGACGUAGAAUGAAAAAAUAAGUACCUAUUUUUACCCUAUAUAGGUACUAAAAGUAUGUGCCCAUUAGUUUCUCUAAUAAUAAGUUCAUUGUCCAUUGACUGAACUGAAUCAGCGCCCCCUAGCGCAACGAGGCUAACAAUCCAUCCCUAUUCUCUAAUAACCUUUGAAACUAUUACCGACCCUCACAACCCCCCGAUGACUUUCAUUGACCUUUAUAUACUUAUUGAGGCGUAUUUCGAAGCAGCAAACAUCGAUCAAUCUACAUAAAGUUUAAAAAGAAAUUUUAAAAUUAACUUAAAAAACGGGCGGUACUAAUCAGUCAGUAUGACCAAAGCCUAGUUUUAGUAAAAUGGAAUCAUUCCAAUAACAGUCCAUUGGAAUGGGAAAUCCUAGUAAACACAUGUUUAUGUCAGGCUGCUACAAAUGAAGACGUGGGAAACAUCUGACUGGUUUCUAUCAAAAUAAAAUCCGUCCGUAACAAAAUGAUCACAGUUAAUAAUUAUUGUAAUAUUGCUAAUCUAUUGCUGGAUUUCGCCGAAAACUUAUAAUUUCUACCUAGCGUGAUAAUAAAUCAAUCUCAACUUUGAAUAGGAUCUUAAGUAAAUAUUUAAGAUAUUGAAACAUUGAAUAAACAAAACUUAAGUUUUUAUUUAAGCGCCUUUUACCAGCUGAGUUGGUCCCGUUCAAUAAACGAAACUGAGCUGUUAAAAUCCAUACAUCCGUACUUAUUUCGGCUCUAUAUUUUUGACACUCUUCAUUAACGUAUCAGUCUGCAUACUUCUAAUGCAGUCUCUUGGUGUAUACUGCUUUGGGGGAUACAAAACACAUAAUAGGUAUUAUAGAAUUAAUAAUUUUUAUUUUUGUUUUUUGUUUUCAUUCAAGAAAAAUUAGCAAUUGUGUAUUUAUUAUUUAUCCGCGCUUUUCAGAUCUGAUAUUUUGUAUACGUAUUUUUAUAUUAUCUAUGUUAUUAAGGCCCAGUUAUUUUAAACCAAAACACUGUUUCCCCAAAUUGACACAUAAUUACUCGAUUUAGAAACAAAUUACAAAAGCUAGCUGAAUGUAUUAAUUUUGAUGAAGCAAUAGUUUUAACAAACACCAACAAAUACAGACCACUAGAAGCUAUUCUAAAAUAACUUUGUAACUAAAUCUAAAUGCAAUAGGAAAAGUUUGAAGACGUAAACUUUACAUCACAGUGUUAAUAGUUUAGAAUGUAUGUUGUUGCGGUAAUAUCGAUGUACUUUCAACACUCCAUAAAUGCUUUUUGUCUCAGUCGUCUUCACAUGUAAACAAGCCUUUCAUCGAUUGAUUUAAACGAAGACUGAAAGAUGCAUUUCUGGUUAUAUUAAAGUAUAAGUACGUACUGAAAUUAGAUAAAUAAUUCAUUUUCCUUUGUCCGGCGUAAAUUGUAAAAUAUAUUAUCUCAAUUCGUUUUCUUAUCUCUGUUUUAAUUUCUAUUCGUUUAAUUAUUAUAAGUUUUUAAAGACCCUGUUGAUUCUUUAAUUUUAAACUGAACUUGGUUAAUGAAUGGAAUUUGCUCUUCAUCAGGUAAGAAAAACGAAUUGUAAUUAAUAUGUUAAGAUAUCUUUGUAAGUUUUAAGGUGAAAGUCGUGCGAAUCGUCAAUUUUGCUCUUUAAACUUUUUAUGGGGACAAUGUAAAACAUAAAAUAUAUUUGAUAUGACUUGUAAGAAUUAAUUUACUUAACUAAACUGGUCGUGUAAAGAUAUAGGAUUGUGACGUCAAGGUUACUAAUUUGAUUCUAUUUAAAUGACUUUUUCAGACCUUGACUUGAAAUUCACCAAUCGAGAUUGUUGAACAUCAAACUCAAAAGGUACGUUUCGUAUGUUUUUUAAUAAGUUCCCUAAGUGUGAAAUAUAAGCUAUGUGCUGGUUGAGGAUAUUAAGCAUUAGUUCAUGUUAGAUAAUGGAACUUUACAGGCUUAUUAUUUUUAACAACAAGAGAUUAUAUGCAUCCCACUUCUACUUUUGUGCUUCUACGUGUAUUAUUUCCUGAGAUAGUCCUUGAGAGAGAUAGAAAUGGAUUCUCGUGCAAUUUUUAGAAUAUACAGACAUUUUAAUGAUACGUAAAUGUAAUAAAUGCAAUAUCUACAAAAUUUUAAAUAUAUUGUACGAUCAAUGUGAAGAUUUUACUUUCUAAUUGUCGUAUUAAGAGCAAUUUGACUGGAAGGUGUUUUCAAAUAUAUGAAUGUUUCGGAA